CGUCAGGCCACAACAGUUACAAUUUGUCAGCCCACGCGCUUAGAACUCGAAUCUGAAAGUGAAAUUUACAAAGUUUACGAAGAAAAUGUCGAAAGUUAAGAAUUUGCUUGCCAAAAUAUUCCAACGCUUCGGCAGAGGCCACAACAAUUGCCAUGGUGGCAGCAACGACAGCCAGCGGUACGAUAGCCUGGAGGAGAUUGCCCAGAAUCAGGCCAACGAGCGUAUGCUAAUGGAGACACUGAUUCGCUGCGAGGAGGAUCAUUUGGUGAUUUGCCUGGAGACGGCAGCGGGCAGCUUCUAUUGGCAUUCACAGUAGCAACAACAGAAGGAGACACCACAGCAACGGCAGCUGAAGUAGCAACAGAAGGAGCAACAGAAGAGUCUACAGAAGCAGCAACAAAGAAGGAGCAACUGAAGGACCCACAGAAGUUGCUCUCAGAAAGGAUAGAAGUUCAGCAGCAACAUUAGCAUUGAAUCUCUGAUAAGCAACAGCAACAUUAUCAGCAGCAACAAUUUGUGCAGCAUCAAAAACAAAUCCUUCAAUCGAAGGAGCAUCCUCAGCCGAAAUUUCUCAAAGAACCUUCAUCAGCAGAGACUUUAGCAUAAGCAAUUAGUAUCUACCUCAACAACAUCAGCAUCUCCAGAGCUCCAAUAGUUGCAACAGCAACCAUACAUAGAUGCAACACCAGCAGCAGAAACUUUUGCUAAACAGCAGCAGCAUCUUGAAAGGCUAGAAACCGCAACACCUUGUAUAUCCGUGGAUGCAACAAGAGCCACACCAGCAGCAGCAAGCAGCAGCAACAUCAUCCCAGCACCAGCAGCAGCAACGUGCGCAAAAAACCGGUAGUUAGAAGCGGCCAAAAUGCAUGAAUGAAUGAGUAAUACGAAGAAAAAAGCGCAUUUCGUUCCAUGAAUGAAUGAAGCUGUCGCAGCGGCAACACCAGCACCAACAACAUUACGUUCGUGCGAAACAAGUUGCGUGAUAGCAGCCUGCAACAAGUGGCAGCCCAGUCAGAAAAGAUGUGCCACAUCCUCUCUCGCCCAGUUGGAGUCCUGCGAUAGGCGUUUAUUCUAAAAAAUACAUAAUAAAUUUGUGAUAAUAAUUCAUUUUAGCGACAGAUUAGAAUAAAUGUUAUUAAAUUAUAAGAUUUAAAAAAAUAUAAA